UGAAGGAUUUCUGCUGCGAGUGGGUUGCUGCAGCGAUUGAAUGGCGGGGCAAAUCCCAUUCCACGUGAUUUUUCACAUACAUUGAAGGUGGGAUGUGUUCAGAACCGCGGGCGCCAAGCUGGUUUCUCGAAAGUUCCCGCAAUUUCGCGUCCAAAAAUUCCGCUGGACAACGAAGCAACCAGCAGUCUAAGCGACGAAUGCAGAAGUGUCAGGAAUUGAGUGUCGAAACUUGAGCUGAUAAUAUCCGUUACUUCUCAAACCUCCUCUCGCUACAGUUCACCAUCUCAGCAUCUUUGUGAGAGAGUCCUACUUCGCUCUCUCAUCCGCAACAUCGCCAGCACAACCCUAGUGCUCCCUCUUCGAUCUCUAGCUUCCAUAAAUCGACGUUCAAGAUGAGUGUCGUUGGACUCGAUUUCGGCACGCAAAAUGCCGUGAUCGCGGUCGCCCGUAACAAAGGUGUUGAUGUCAUCGCCAACGAAGUUUCAAACAGAGCCACACCAUCUCUCGUGGGAUUCGGUCCAAAGAACAGAUACCUUGGUGAAGCUGCCAAGACCCAGGAAGUGUCAAAUUUGAAGAACACCGUCGGCUCCCUCACCCGAUUGGCAGGCCGCUCUCUUAACGAUCCCGAUGUCCAGAUUGAGCAGGAAUACCUGUCAGCGCUGCUGGUUGAUGUCAAUGGACAGGUCGGCGCUGAGGUUACAUACCUUGGCAAGAAAGAGAGGUUUACGGCAACCCAGUUGGCCGCCAUGUUCUUGACAAAGGUUAGGGAGACGGCCUCGAAAGAGUUGAAACUGCCCGUGAACGACAUGGUUAUUGCGGUGCCGGCUUGGUACACAGACGCUCAGCGACGCAGCCUUCUGGACGCCGCCGAGAUUUCGGGACUGAAGGUCCUGCGCUUGAUCAACGAAACCACUGCGACUGCGCUGGGCUACGGUAUCACAAAGGUCGACCUGCCAUCUGCUGAGGAGAAGCCGCGCAGAGUGGCAUUCGUGGAUAUCGGACACAGCAACUACACCUGCUCGAUUUGCGAGUUCAAGAAGGGUGAGCUGAAGGUGGUGUCGACCGCAUAUGACCGCCACUUUGGUGGACGAAACUUCGACAAGGCCAUCAUCGAUCAUUUCCGCAAGGAGUUCAAGGAGAAGAACAAGAUCGACAUCAAUGAGAAUCCCAAAGCGCGAGUGCGUGUCGCUGCCGCUGUGGAGAAAUUGAAGAAGGUUCUCUCCGCCAAUGCCGUUGCCCCGAUCAACAUCGAAUCUCUCAUGAAUGACGUGGAUGUGCGUGGACAAUUGAAGCGCGAGGAGAUGGAGGAACUUCUCAAGCCCCUCCUGGAGCGAUCCAUUGUUCCGCUUGAGCAGGCCUUGACUGAGGCAAAGCUCAAGGUUGAGGACAUCGAUUCGAUUGAGUUGGUCGGUGGCUGUACCCGUGUGCCAGCACUCAAGGCUGCCAUCCAGAACUUCUUCGGCAAGCCGCUAUCCUUCACCAUGAACGCUGACGAGGCGAUUGCUCGAGGUUGUGCAUUCAGCUGCGCUAUUCUGUCACCCGUGUUCCGCGUUCGCGAUUUCAGCGUCCAGGACAUCGUCAGCUACCCGAUCGAAUUCGCUUGGGAGAAAUCUCCUGAGAUCCCGGACGAAGACACCAACCUCACAGUCUUCAACAAGGGCAACCCCAUGCCAUCGACCAAGAUUCUCACAUUCUACCGGAAGCAAGCAUUUGAUCUCGAGGCGAGGUACGCUAAGCCAGAAGGCCUUCCGGGCAAGGUCAACCCAUGGAUCGGUCGCUUCAGCGUGAAGGGUGUCAAGGCCGACAGCAAGGACGACUUCAUGGUUUGCAAGCUUAAGGCGCGUGUGAACCUUCACGGUAUUCUCAACCUUGACAAGGGUUACUACGUCGAGGAUGAGGAGUUCGAGGAGCCUAUUCCUGAAUCAAAAGACGCGGAUGCCAUGGAUACUGAUGACAAGAAGGGCGACGCAAAGGCUGCACCCAAGACACGCAAAGUCAAGCGAGCAGUCACCAAGGGCGACUUGCCCCUCUCUGCGGGCACUGCGUCUCUUGACCAAGCAAGCAAGGACUUGCUUCUCGAGCAAGAAGGUCAAAUGAUCGCAGAGGACAAGCUGGUCGCCGAGACCGAGGACAAGAAGAACGAACUUGAGUCCGAGAUCUACUCGAUGCGAUCAAGAAUUGACGAGCCUUACACAAGCAACGGCUACUCCGAUUUUGCUAGCGAGCAAGAGAAGGAGAAGAUCCGCGAGAAGUGCUCACAACUGGAGGACUGGUUGUACGACGAUGGUGACGACGCUAGCAAGGGCCAGUACAUUGCCAAAUUGGACGAGCUCCGUGCAUCAGCAGGCCCGAUCAUUCAGCGAUUCAACGACAAGCGCCAGGAGGAGGACGAAGCCCGGAGGAAGCUCCAGGAAGAGGCUGCGGCUAAACGCAAGGUCGAAGAGGAAGCGCGUCGCAAGGCUGAGGAGGAGAAGCGAAAGGCCGAGGAGGCUAACAAGUCCUCAAAGCCGGACGAGGAGAUGAAGGACGCGCCGGCUGAUGCUGACGGCGCCGCACCCGCCGAGGUCGAGGAGGCGUAAUUGUGUGCCGAAAAGGGUCAUUUUGGACUUCCUGCUGCGAGCAACGAUGUGAUGAAGAAAUAGAUACGGUGCAACUGCUGCAUUUUACGUAA